CUAAAGCACAGACCACUGGCAAAGCUAAAGCACAGACCACUGGCAAAGUUAAACAACAGACCACCGGCAAAGUUAAACAACAGACCACCGGCAAAGCCAAUCAUAUGACCACUGGCAAAGCUAAAGCACAGACCACUGGCAAAGCUAAAGCACAGACCACUGGCAAAGCUAAAGCACAGACCACUGGCAAAGUUAAACAACAGACCACUGGCAAAGCUAAUCAUAUGACCACCGCCAAAGCUAAAGCACAGACCACUGGCAAAGCUAAAGCACAAACCACUGGCAAAGUUAAACAACAGACCACUGGCAAAGUUAAACCAGCGACCACCGGCAAAGCUAAUCAUAUGACCACCGGCAAAGCUAAACAACAGACCACUGGCAAAGUUAAUCAUAUGACCACCGCCAAAGCUAAACCAGCGACCACCGGCAAAGUUAACCAUGCGACCACAGGACAUGGCAAACCAGUGACCACCGGCAAAGUUAACCAUGCGACCACAGGACAUGGCAAACCAAUUCCCACCAAUAACCCGAAACCUACAUGUACCACUAGUGUUAAAGCAGGCAUUCCUCAUGCUGCUAAAACAGUAGUAAAUGAUGGGAAUAAAAAGAUUGAACCCACUCAUGCUCCUAGUAAAGCAGACGACAAAUUAAACAAAGGAAGUAAAGAGGGUAAAGAGACUGUAGGCAAAGAAAGUAAAGAGACCGUUCCUGAAAGUGGUGAAAAACCCGACACUAAUAAAGGUAGUAAAGCAGACGACAAAUUCAACAAAGGAAGUAAAGAGGGUAAAGAGACCGUAGACAAGAGUAAAGAGACCGUUCCUAAAAGUGGUGAAAGACCCAACACUAGUAAAGAUGCCAACGCCAAAGUAAACGCUGAUGCUCAUAGCAAACGCAUGUCGAUUCCCAGGGCAUGGCGGCCAAGGCAAAGACAACGAAGGUGGCAAAAUCAAUAA